GGCAGCCAAACAAGGUCGGAAGUUGGACAGGCUUACCCAUUAUUCACCAUGCCUACAAAUAAGCUGGAGAAAGCCCAGGCUGGCGGCCAGAGGGAGGGUUUGCAGACCAGAAAGGAAAGGGCUUGGCAGAGACAGUGCCACGGAGACGGCAGGUUGAGGUCACUUGCUCCUUUCUCCAGGGCAAUGGGUGACAGAGACAGCCGUACAAGCCAAUGGCCCAUGGACACAGCACGGAUUGCAGUUGUGGGGGCAGGUGUGGUGGGGCUCUCUACAGCUGUAUGCAUCUCCAAACUGGUGCCCCGAUGCUCUGUUACCGUCAUUUCAGACAAGUUUACUCCAGAUACCACUAGUGAUGUGGCAGCCGGAAUGCUCAUCCCUCACACUUAUCCAGACACACCCAUUCACAAGCAGAAGCAGUGGUUCAGAGAGACCUUUAAUCACCUCUUCGCAAUUGCCAAUUCUGCAGAAGCUGGAGAUGCUGGUGUUCAUUUGGUAUCAGGUUGGCAGAUAUUUCAGAGCACUCCUACCGAAGAAGUGCCAUUUUGGGCUGAUGUGGUUCUGGGAUUUCGAAAGAUGACUGAGGCUGAGCUGAAGAAAUUCCCCCAACAUGUGUUUGGUCAGGCUUUUACAACCCUGAAAUGUGAAUGCCCUGCCUACCUCCCGUGGUUGGAGAAAAGGAUAAAAGGAAGUGGAGGCUGGAUACUCACUCGGCGAAUAGAAGACCUGUGGGAGCUUCAUCCGUCCUUUGAUGUCGUGGUCAACUGUUCAGGCCUUGGAAGCAGACAGCUUGCAGGAGACUCAAAGAUUUUCCCUGUAAGGGGCCAAGUGCUCCAAGUUCAGGCUCCCUGGGUGGAGCAUUUUAUCCGGGAUGGCAGUGGGCUGACGUAUAUUUACCCUGGUACAUCCCAUGUAACCCUGGGUGGAACUAGGCAAAAAGGAGACUGGAAUCUGUCCCCAGAUGCAGAAAAUAGCAGAGAGAUUCUUUCUCGAUGCUGUGCUCUUGAGCCCUCCCUCCACAGAGCCUACAACAUCAGGGAGAAGGUGGGCUUGAGGCCCUAUAGGCCAGGCUUGCGGCUGCAGACAGAGCUCCUUGCCCGAGAUGGCCGGAGGCUGCCUGUGGUCCACCACUAUGGCCAUGGGAGCGGGGGCAUCUCAGUGCACUGGGGCACUGCUCUGGAGGCUGCCAGGCUGGUCAGCGAGUGUGUCCAUGCCCUCAGGACCCCCGCUCCCAAAUCAAAGCUGUAGAUGACAUAAAAUGACAGCAAAUAGACAGAGACUGUUGAUCAAAGCACAGAACAGAUUCAAAUAACUUUUCCACUGCAUGGAAGUUUAAUUAGACAUUUCUUUGUUUUCAGCAUUAGAAGUGGUACAGCAUGUAAGCUGAUCACAGUGGCAUGCCUAGAGUCCCAGCUACUUGAGAGGCUGAGGCAGGAGGAUCACUUGAGCCCAGGAGUUUGAGUCCAAUCUGGAUAACAUAGCCAGACCCCACCUCUAAAAAACCCAACAACAACCAAAAAAAUGGUGCAACAUGUAGACUUAUUUAGGAAGUCUAGUAUUAAAGACAUAGGGCAUAAAACUCUAUUUUUUCUUAAAAAUACUUCUUACAGAGUAAAAUUUCUUUAGAUCUGAUGUCCAAGGACCUAUGCAGAUUUAUAUGAAUAUUGGAAGCUAUACAGAUUUUGAUAUGAUUUGGCUCAUAAAUUCACAGGAGGAGAUAAUGUAUGGAAAACAUUUAAAUCACUGUCAAUUGCAGAGCUGCCCAUGAUCUUCUUAGGUUAUAGCCAAGUCAUCAAUAUCAUCCCUCUAAAUAAAAUUACACGGUGGUCACACAAUGCAGAAUUACCAUGUUUAAUUGAAGACAAAGCAUGCUUGCUGUUAGUACUAGCGGCAACCUUUUCCUCCCCUCAGCUGGUAAUGAUGGUAGGAGACAGAGAUGAAGUCGCCUAUGGAUGUCAUAUCUAUUCAAUAGCUGCUUGGAGUCAAACACCUAAGGGUUGUAUGUUCCAUUACUGUAAGUGAUUGAGAGCUGGCUUGCGAUAUGGUUGGCUUUGCCUAAGCAUUUUUGAAGAUGAACAGCAUGUGCAGCCAAAGAACUAAUUUGCUAAUUAAGGUGGAACAAUCAUUCUGAAUGAAAUACAAUCAUAGUAUUCUGUGGUUUGUUAAGAAGUAUUGGGAGGAGGGGAAUGUGUCUCACAAUAAAAUGAGUUGGAAUUGUCGAGUUAAA